UUUUUUAAAAAAAAUUAUUCUAAAGAAUAAAAUAUAUUUUUUCUUAUAAAAAAGUGUUUUCCAUUAAUAAAAGGUUUUAUAACAUUUUACAAUGUUUUAAAUUUUAAUGUUGUAAUUAAUUUUAUGGAUAAGAUCGGACCUCUGAUGUGAAAAAUGAAAUCGCCCACCGUGGGGCUCGAACCCACGACCACAAGGUUAAGAGCCUUGCGCUCUACCGACUGAGCUAGACGGGCUUGCUUAAAGAUCAAGCCUCUGUCCUAAAUAAAUAAGUGAAGACUGGAAACCAUAGGACUACACACCGUGACAGUGACCAAUGGAGUUACUAUUGACAAUAGCAGAGCAUCUGGCAGCUCAACUUCUGAUGAUAACAUUCUUUCCAGUCAUCUUUGAAUCCUACAAGCGAAGACACAGUUACGAGCAUGUUGAUGCUCCUGUUAUCUAUGAGGAUCUGAAUUCGUUAAAACAGAUUCCUUGCCCCCAUAUCAAUGAUCCAGCAGAGAAGUAUAUAUCUUUGAUAAUUCCUGCUUUUAAUGAAGAACGUAGGCUUCCUGCAGCACUUGAUGAAACCAUGAAUUAUCUUCAACGACGUGCAGCAAAGGAUAGGUCAUUUACUUAUGAGGUGGUGAUUGUUGAUGAUGGAAGUCAGGAUGCCACAAAAAGCGUAGCUUUUGGCUUCGUGAAAAAAUACACAGUGGACAAUGUAAGAGUUAUCCUUCUUGGGAGAAAUCAUGGCAAGGGAGAAGCUAUUCGAAAAGGCAUGCUUCAUUCUCGUGGUGAACUACUUCUAAUGGUGGAUGCUGAUGGGGCAACAAAGGUUAAUGACCUCGAGAAACUUGAAUAUCAGAUUCAUGCUUUUGCCAAAAAGGAGAUUAAUUUGGGAAAUGCUACAGCGACAGAUUCAAAUUUUAGAAUAUCUGAUUUCCCAGUUGCUGCAUUUGGUUCUCGUGCUCAUCUUGAGGAGAAACCUUUGGAAACAAGAAAAUGGUAUCGCUAUUUUCUAAAGAAGAGCUUUGAUCCUGUUGUUUUCUUAGUUGCUGGUCCUGAAAUUCGUGAUACACAGUGUGGCUUUAAGAUGUUCACCAGGGCUGCAGCAAGGAAACUUUUCGCAAACAUCCGGCUGAAAGGAUGGUGCUUUGAUCUAGAGGUUGUUUUUCUAUGCAAACAUUUCAAUAUCCCCGUGCUUGAAAUUUCUGUAGACUGGUCUGAAAUGCCUGGAUCCAAGGUGAAUCUAUUAAGCAUUCCCCAGGCGAUGUGGGAGGUUGCAAUCAUGGUCUUUGGAUAUGGGACUGGAAUGUGGGAAAUUCGCUCAGAGUAUUCAUAGUGGAGAUCAUUUAUGAGAACUAUCGUGAUCUUCCUUGCUUCUUCCGAUUCUUAUCAGUUGAAAUGGAAGCACAGUACUAUUUGAGUGAUCAAUCUUUUUCUUUAUUUAUCAUUCCUUGAUCACUGAAUUUAGAGUUUAGCCACUUGUUUCAAGAAAUAUAUAGUUGCACUGUACAUUCAUAUGAAACCAGAAGCCAUGUUAAAAUAAGACUGCUCGUUAUCUUUAA